AACUGCAACAGAAACGCAUGUCGGAGAUGGACCCUGUGAAUCAUGUGAAUGCAAAUCAAACGUCAAGGUGUGCCCGAUGACCUCCGUAGCUGGUCAAAACGAUUGGGACAAAAGGAUCAAACAAUUGAAGGCGUUCGUGAAUUAUUGAGCGAUGUGGAGGUUUCCCGAUUGCAACUCAACAUCAUCGUGGCGAACGCCGGUGUUGGUGCUCUGGCGCGACAAACUGCAUGGAGAGAGACCCUCGAAAAAUUGAUUGAAAUUCGCUGCAGGAGUCUUGAGUUGACCCAGAUUAGUUUUGGUUCUUCCUUGGUUGCAUUUGGUGAAUCGGCAACCAUUGGAUCAAGAUGGCCAACGGCAACACAGAUAUUGAUGGAUAUGGAAAAAAUCUGGAACAUGGUUCCGAGUAUUAUUUGCUGGAACUCAUGUAUUUCAUCAAUGCGAAGUUGGUUCCAAGCGGAACUUCUUCUGCACAGGAUUCCGAGCAUGGGUUGUACGCCCGAUUGCAUUUCUUACAAUGCAGCAGCUGCAACUUCACCUUGGCGUCGGUCAAUAUUGGAGCUGAUCAAGAUGCGGAGUGCUCGAGUGAGGCCAAGUGUGGUGACAUACAACACCCUUCUGCAUACUUGCCAGGGCAGCCAUGCGCAAGUUGCUCGAACUCUGCUGAAUUGCAUGAACGACGACAGACUUGAGCCAGAUGUGAUAACAGUGAACUCUGCCAUUGGCGCCAGUCAUGAUGAUUGGCCUGCUGGUCUUCAAUACUUGCGCGAGCUACAGGGUCAGACGGCUAUGAGCGCUGGAAACGCCUUGAAGGCCCUGGCCUCUGCUGUUCAAUGGCGGCAAGGACUACACAUUCUCGCAUUUUUGCAGCGUCGCAGCACAGUCAAUGCAGUAGUGUCGACAACUGCGUUCCAGUUGGCUGCUAAUGCACCUCAGGCCGACCUUGUGCAUGGGCUGCUGGAAGAUAUCCAGGCAUGGCGUUUGCAACUCUCCCUUCGCUGUGGCAAUGCAAUGCUUCGUGCGCUGAAAACCUGGCCUGCAGCUCUGCAUCGAUUGGCAGGCCAGUCAUCCCAGAGCCUUGCUCCAGAUGAAGUGUCCCACAACAGCGUUUGCGUCCAUAUGGCUGAUGCGGCAUGCUGGUUGCACGUCCUUCAAUUGUUCACCCAGCAGAGGCACCUUUGCCUGCAAGUUGACGUGAUGGGAUGUGGUAGUGGCAUCACAGCCUUCGCCACAUGUCUCGUGCCUUUGUGGCGGGACGCCUUGACGAUGAUGAACUUUAUGCGCUGUUCCUUGAUCUCUGCAGAGGUGAUGAACCACAAUUCUUUGAUCUCUGCUUUGCGAAUGGAUGGGCAGUGGCGGCGGGCAGUUCUCCCACAACUGCCCGAUGCAGUGACCACAGGAGCCAUUCUCUCAGCGCACCUGCAGGAUUCUGAUUGGCAGCGAGCUGUUGGUACCUUGAACUGGGCAGGAGGCUGCAGACUGGAUGUCGAUGCUGCUGGAGUGGAGGCUGCAGCUAUGAGUUGUGGUCGUGAAGGACGGUGGUGCACUGCACUAGCAUUGAAGAGCACUGCUCUGCAAGGGUUGCCCUGGCAGAGAGCAUUGGUUCUAUCGCCAGUCACGCUGGAGACUGCAAUGGCUGGUAUGCAGGCUUGCGUUUCGGAAGAGGCCUGGCAAAGGGCCCUGGCUAUGUGCUCACGGAUUCCUUGCGACAACGACGUUCCGCUGUUAACGAUGAAGCUCCAGGCCUUUCAGGUUGGUUUCCAGAGCUUUUGGGCCUCCUCCACCUUGGCUCAGCUGCAUGGUGCUGGUCUUCGCCAUGUUCAAAGCCUCCGAUGACCAGCGGAGCAGCAUACAGGUCAUAUCAGCAAAUAUGGUGGACGUUGAAGCCGGAGGUGCAUCAGCAAGGUGUGGCCUUGGCUACAAAAAUGUGAUCUCUCAAUGGCUUGCCUAGCUUGCCACAAAGGCCCCUAAAAAGCUUGUGAAGAAGGUACUUGUGUAGACUCUGGCGAAGUUGGAGACCAUGGGUGACCAUGCGUCACAUAUUCUGCAGGUGGUGGACACAAUGAUGGAGAUGAUGAUGGAACUUGAUGAAACAGGUGGAAGGAAGAAGGAAACAGAGGGCUGCCCCAAUGGCAAUGGAUGCAGAUGGAUCCCAACUCUCCCGCUGACACAUGGGACAUUCAAGUGCAUCGUAUUUGCUCACAUCGUGGUUUGCUCGGUUUUUGGGCAGGGGCAUUGCGCAAGCUUAUGGUGAUAGGCUUUCCGGUUUUCCACAGCCUCUGUUACCAGACUCUCACAAUUGCAGCGGCUGAUAUCAUGUGGAAUUGCAGGUUGGCAUGCCCUGACAUAUCUACCGCAUUGAGCUGAAAGCUGAACUCUGGAGUAAACUCUUUGUGUUUGCUGGCUUUGCGGCGCCUGUUUCGCUUCAACUGACACAGCAAAUUUCAGGGAGCAGAUUUCAGAUGUCAAUGGGCUGGCUUCGAUUGGUACAAAAUGUACAAAAUAUUCAUGGAUCUUGAAGGAUUUCCACUACUGGUAGUAGUUGAAAGCAGUUGCACGUUGGAAACAGAACCUAAGGGAGCAGCUACAUCCUGUGAGCUUUCGGGCGCAGUGCUCCUUCAGCUUUGACCCUAUUGAACUCUGAAGGGGCGAUACUUUUUGGAGGACUUUGGAGGCAUUCAAAAAUUGACCAACAUGUUUCACCUUUCCGAGCCGGAAAACGUUGGACUGUCCAGGGUUGAGGCCUGUGAGAGCUAGACACCUGAUUUGGAUGAUUCCGGCACUUUCGAUGUAUGGCAUGCUCGGAAGGUCAACUGGUUGGGGACUGGAGCUCGCCUGGCCUUUCUUGAGCCAAUUUCACAAGGAAGGUGAUGAUAGGGGAUAAUGGUUUGCGAUGGUUGAUAGCCAGAAGAACGGUGUCAUCAUCAGUGUCGUGGUCACUGACAUCCAAAAUGUUGAUCAGUAUCACUCACAUUCAUCGUUGCUGAAGUGGCUGCCCGAAGAGGUGGUAAGCCCCACUGGGACUGGAAACGAUACUGCGCCAGAAACCUCGUGCUUGAAAAAGUCCCAGCGAUGCUGAAAUGAUGAGUUGUGGCAUCAGCAUUGAUUGAUCAUCAAGCCACAGCCGUGAGAUCGACAUUGAGCCGUGACAUGAAUUGCGGAUUGCAAAA